AUGAUCGCAUGGCAGGCCGUCGAUGCUUCUGCCUACGCGGAUCGCAUCUCAGGCGGCGUUGGAUGGGCUCUAGAGCAACAGCCGUGGACUCGGCCACGCGACCCGAAGUUCGGUCAUGACACCGCAUUAGCCGGUUGGUCGUGGGCCCCCGCAACGCACUCUUGGCUUGAGCCUACGGCAUUUUUUGUCGUCGCCCUGAGGGCGGCGGGACUUGCUGAUAACGCGCGCCGUCUCGAAGGUGUGCGGCUGUUGGUUGAUCGCCUCCUCCCUUCUGGUGGCGCGAAUUAUGGCAACACGGUUGUUCUCGACCAAGAACUGCUAGAGCACACGCAUUCCAGCGGCGUCGUCGCAUGGGCACUCUCCGCCGAGGACGUUCGUGACGAGCGUCUCAAGAAGACGAUCCAGAGACUCAAGCUUGUCGCCGAUCGCCCCACCGGCGCCGCGUCGCUCGCUUGGGCCGCUCGCGGAUUGGCGGCUCACCAGCAAACCGACGCCGCAACCGCCGUGCAAGUCGCUGCUACACUCACCACCGCCGUCAUGAAGCAGAAGGGCCUCCACAAGGUCAGCCGGCGCACAGCUCUCGCCGCGGGCGGUCUCAUCGCGGCCGGAUUGCUCUCGCUGGCUUGGAAACGCUCGAAGACGCCUGUCUUCGUAGCCAAGAGCCAACGCUACGAUGGACAACUUGCUCAGACGAUCCGCGACGGGCUGACGGCGGUCGGCAUCAACGGGCCCCAACUCGCUGGUAAACGCGUCUUGCUCAAGCCGAAUCUCGUUGAGCCUUCGCGCGAGCGGCCGCAGAUGACGACUCACCCGGCAAUGAUCAUCGCCGCCGCCGAGGUGUUCCGCGGCUGGGGCGCAGAAGUCGUCGUUGGCGAGGGCCCCGGUCAUGUCCGUGACACCGAGGCAGCAUUGAUCGAGUCGGGAGUGGGCGAGGCCCUCGACG